UUUCAAUCUCGACAGCCUCCACACUAACCAUACCAGUGUCGUCCGCCACUUCCAACAUGGCCCUGCCUGAUUUGCCUCCAGAGGCCUUCGCUUUUGCGGUAGCGAUUUUUCAUGACGUGGUGGCUCUGCAGCCAACGAAAGCAUCCCAUUUUCCUUAUGGCGAACCCCAUCAACGACUCGGACUACUAUUCACCAUCAUGGUGGCGAAAUUCUUCGCGCUAGAAUCAAAGUUGCUCGAGGAUUCCGCUAGGCCCAUUGGAGCUAAUAUUGGGCAUUGUUGAGGCCUUGAUCUGUGUGGAGGCACCACAUUCAAAGCCGUUGCGGGAAUCAUGUAUGACAGACAUUUGUAACUCCGUGGCAGCCAUUUCACUUCGAUACCAUUUCGAUGAG